UGAUGUUCAAGAACUCAUUCUAAAGUGGAUUUCUUUCAAUAUUAUAUUCUAUAGGAUCAAAGCCAUUGUAAAUUUGGGAUAAGCAAAGUAUUUUAUGAUUGGAUUAUUUAAGUCAAGAAUGGACAUAUUAAACGUAUCACAGAUCAAGACAUUUAAUCAUCAGUACUUGAAAUAAUGGGUACAAAUGUGAGUACAAAUUUCAUAACUGCUCCUGCUGACCCUAAAGAAACAUUGGGAAUUAAAUUACCAUUCUUAGUCAUGAUCAUUAAGAAUGUAAUAUUAUUGGCAUUAAUUAUUAGCUUAAAAAAUAUUUCACUUUUGAAGUAUAGGUUUUGGAUGAUAAGAAUGUUAGAAGAAGAUUUAGAGCAUCAAAUUAUUAAGUAAAUUAGUAUAAUGAAUGUAGUCAACAACAAGAGUGAAACCUUUCAUUUGUACAAUGCCUAUGAGAUUAGAUGAAGGAUGGAAUUAAAUUUAAUUCAAUUUAUCUGAUUUUACUAGAAGAGCAUAUGGUACAAACUAUAUAGAAACACUUCGGUAUUUCUAUGAAUCUCAUUUUGUAGUGUACAAAUACAUGCCAAUUGCAGAAUCAGAAGAAUAUAUUUUAGUGAUCGUCUUUACAGUGAAGAAGAAUUACCUCCUGAAUUUAAGUUAUUCUUACCCAUCUAAAAGCAAGGAUGAUC